AUGACUGUUCAAGAAGAUGAUCAGUGGCUCAAGCAUAACAUCUUCCGAAUUUAUUGCUUGGCCAAUGGGAAAAAGUGUAUCUUGAUGGUUGAUUCUGGAAGUGUAGAAAAUAUGGCAUCUAAGACAAUGGUCGAGAAGUUGAAACUUCCAUAUAAGCUCUACUUUGACGUCCUUCCAAUGGAUGCUUGUCACUUACUUCUUGGAAGACCAUGGCAAUAUGAUCGAUUUGCUCAGCAUGAUAGGAUUAAGAACACCUACACAUUUAAGAAAAGUGGGGUAACAUUUGUGUUGAACCCUUUGAACGAUAUCCCUAUAAGUGUGGCAUCCCAAGGCCCAGUUAGCUUGCUGUCCUAUAGAGCUUUUGAACAAGUUUUCAGCAAAGAGAAGGUGGUAUAUGCUUUGGUGGCUGUAGGGGAAGAUAAGGAAGAUGCGAGAGAUGUUCCUGAAGAAGUUUCAAGUCUAUUCCGUAGAUUCAAAGGCUUAUUUCCAGAUGAAUUACCUGCUCGCUUGCCACCUCUUCGUGAUAUUCAGCAUCGAAUUGAUCUCAUACCAGGUGCAAUCCUUCCUAACUUACCUCAUUAUAGAAUGUCACCAAAUGAACAUGCUGAAUUGGAAAGACAAGUUGAAGAUUUGCUAAAAAAGGGACUGAUUAAGGAGUCAUUAAGUCCAUGUGUUGUUCCAGCCCUUCUAACACCAAAAAAAGAUGGAACUUGGAGGAUGUGUAUUGAUAGUAGGGCAAUAAACAAGAUAACUGUGAAGUACCGGUUCCCAAUUCCCCGUCUUGAUGACAUGUUUGAUAUGCUUUGUCGUGCAAAGGUCUUUUCUAAAAUUGACCUCUGGAGUGAAUACCAUCAAAUUCGAAUUAAACCGGGAGAUGAAUGA